CGGCCCAUUAAAAACUACCGAGCCCAAAUUCACAAACAACCUUCAGCAUCCUCUUCCCUCCGACUCCGAGCUCUCUAACGGCGAUGGCCAUCCCUCUUCAACUCUCUAUAUUCAGAUCAUCUCCUCCUUCAUCCUCAUCACAACCUCUGCAGAGGCUGACUCCAGCAGCAGCGGUCGCCAUCAACAACGCUCAGACUCGAGAGCGGCUGAAGUUGAAGGAUCUUUUCAGAGAAGCGCGAGAGAGGUGCGUUAGAGAUCCCAUGGACGGCGUCGAGUUCACCCUCGACGAAUUCCAUAGGGCCCUCGAUGAUCGAGACUUUGGAAUCGAGGUCGGGUGCAAGGUCAAAGGAACGGUCUUGACGACUAACAGUGAUGGUGCUUUCGUUGACAUAAGUGGAAAAUCUUCUGCAUUUUUACCUCUUGAGGAAUCAUGCAUUUACAAAAUUAAGCACGUAUCAGAGGCAGGCAUAUAUCCUGGUUUACAACAAGAAUUUGUUGUCAUUGGUGAGAAUGUUGUAGAUGAUAGCGUGAUUUUGAGCUUAAGGUUGAUUCAAUGUGAUUUUGCUUGGGAAAGGUGUCAGCAGCUUCAAGCAGAAGAUGUUAUCAUCAAGAGUAAGGUUGUUGGGGAAAACAAAGGAGGCAUCUUAGUUGUAGUGGAGGGCCUUCAUGGAUUCGUGCCAUUUUCGGAGAUACCAAAGAAAUCAACUACCGAAGAACUCCUUGAUAAGGAACUUCCUCUGAGGUUUAUAGAGGUUGACAAGAAACAAUCUCAGCUCGUGCUGAGUAAUCGCAAGACAAUGACCAACACUCAGGUACAGAUUGAAAUUGGAUCGGUUGUCAUUGGAACCGUUCAUAGCUUAAGACCAUAUGGUGCACUAAUCGAUGUCGGUGGACUGAUUGGUCUUCUACAUAUUAGCCAAAUUAGCCAUGCGAAGAUCUCAGACAUUGCGACAGUUUUACAUCCUGGUGAUACCCUUAAGGUAAUGGUACUAAGUCAUGAUGAAGAAAGGAAGCGGUUGAGUCUUUCUACCAAAAAGCUGGAACCUACACCUGGCGAUAUGAUUCGGGAUCCAAAGCUUGUCUUUGAGAAGGCGGAUGAGACAGCUGAGAGUUUUAAGAGAAAAAUAGUUUGGAUAGAGGAAGUGGCUUGUACUGAGUUGCCUAAAGCUCCGCCUGAGCUUGAUUGACAGCUUGCAGAAGUAACUGGCUGAUGUGGAGAUCAUCACUUCCAAAGGGAUUUCAAGCCUGAUUUCUCCAGAUUUGUUGGGCUUUAUUGCUCCAACAUGUUGAGUGUAAAUAUAUAGCUUAUGCAAGUAUAUAUUGUUCUACCAUUUACAACUUGUCAAACUGUUUCUUAUAAGUGAUUCUAAAGGAUUCUGAUGUACGUCAUUAGUUCCCCAACCCCCAAAUGUCAUUUUUGGUUGCUUUGCUGAUAAUGGAAACUUCAACA